GUCCCCCCGAAACUCCUUCCAAUCAGCAGAAAGCGACGCUCGUCUUUGCGGAAGUGACGCGAUUCCGAAGCCAGUGGGGACGCUGGGAGCGAUGAGGGGAUUGAGACUGAUCGGAGCCGUUGUGUGAAGAUGGAGUUUCCCGGAGGGAAUGACAAUUACCUGACGAUCACAGGGCCCUCUCACCCCUUCCUGUCGGGGGCCGAGACAUUCCACACACCAAGCCUGGGCGAUGAAGAAUUUGAAAUCCCACCUAUCUCCUUGGAUUCUGACCCCUCGUUGGCUGUCUCAGAUGUGGUUGGCCACUUCGAUGACCUGGCUGACCCUUCCUCCUCUCAGGAUGGCAGCUUUUCAGCCCAGUAUGGGGUCCAGACAUUGGACAUGCCUGUGGGCAUGACCCAUGGCUUGAUGGAGCAGGGCGGGGGGCUCCUGAGUGGGGGCUUGACCAUGGACUUGGACCAUUCUAUAGGAACUCAGUAUAGUGCCAACCCACCAGUUACGAUUGAUGUACCAAUGACAGACAUGACAUCUGGCUUGAUGGGGCAUAGCCAGUUGACCACCAUUGAUCAGUCAGAACUGAGUUCCCAGCUGGGCUUGAGCUUAGGUGGUGGCACCAUCCUGCCACCUGCACAGUCACCCGAGGAUCGCCUUUCAACUACUCCCUCACCUACUAAUUCACUUCACGAGGAUGGUGUUGAGGAUUUCCGGAGGCAACUUCCCAGCCAGAAGACAGUUGUGGUGGAGACAGGGAAAAAGCAGAAGGCCCCAAAGAAGAGAAAAAAGAAAGAUCCCAAUGAGCCUCAGAAGCCAGUUUCAGCAUACGCUUUAUUUUUCCGUGACACACAGGCUGCCAUCAAGGGCCAGAAUCCCAAUGCUACUUUUGGGGAGGUUUCAAAAAUUGUGGCUUCCAUGUGGGACAGUCUUGGAGAGGAACAAAAACAGGUGUAUAAGAGGAAAACUGAAGCUGCCAAGAAGGAAUAUCUGAAGGCUCUGGCUGCUUAUAAAGACAAUCAAGAGUGUCAGACUACUGUAGAGACUGUGGAAGUGGAUCCAGCGCCAGCAUCACAGACUCCUUCUCCACCUCCUAUGGCUACUGUGGACCCAUCAUCGCCAGUACCAGCCUCAACAGAGCCCCCCGCCCUUUCCCCUUCCAUUGUUGUUAACUCUACUCUUUCAUCCUAUGUUGCAAACCAGGCAACUCCUGGGCCUGGGUGUCAGCCCAAUAUCACCAAGUUGAUUAUUACCAAGCAGAUGUUGCCCUCUUCUAUUACCAUGUCUCAGGGAGGGAUGGUUACUGUUAUCCCAGCCACGGUGGUCACCUCCCGGGGGCUCCAACUAGGCCAAACCAGUACGGCUACUAUCCAGCCCAGUCAGCAAGCCCAGAUCGUCACUCGCUCAGUAUUGCAGGCAGCUGCUGCUGCUGCUGCUUCUAUGCAACUGCCUCCGCCCCGACUGCAGCCCCCUCCACUGCAACAGAUGCCUCAGCCUCCCACUCAACAGCAAGUGACCAUUCUGCAGCAACCUCCCCCUCUCCAGGCCAUGCAGCAGCCUCCACCUCAGAAAGUUCGGAAAAACUUACAACAGCAACCCCCUCCGCUACAGAUCAAAUUUGUGCCUCCACCCACUCUAAAAAUGCAGACCACCUUAGUCCCGCCAGUCAUGGAAAGCAGUCCAGAGCGACCUAUGAAUAGCAGCCCCGAGAUCCACACUGUGGAGGAAACUGCUUCUGAGACAAUCUGUGAAAUGAUCACAGAUGUAGUUACCGAGGUUGAAUCUCCUUCACAAAUGGAUGUUGAAUUGGUCAGUGGGUCUCCUGUGACACUUUCACCACAGCCCCGAUGUGUGAGGUCUGGCUGUGAGAACCCUCCUGUUGUGAGUAAAGACUGGGACAACGAGUACUGCAGCAACGAGUGUGUGGUGAAGCACUGCAGGGAUGUCUUCAUGGCCUGGGUAGCCUCCAGAAAUUCAAACACAGUGGUUUUUGUGAAAUAGUCCUUGUGCUCCAAGCCAGUGAAGACUUGUCUGCUGGGAACAUGUCGAAGAGCCUGUUUUGUUUUGUUUUAUUUUAUUUUUAAACAAAAAAGCUGGGCUUCUGGUAGUGCCUAAUCUUAACCCAUGAUGGCUUAUGGUUCUCCCCAUUUUAUCUUUGUUCAACAGGAGCCAGGCUAUGGAGCUGGGCCAUUGAGUUUGCUGUAAUCUGGAAUCGCUUUUCACUUUUAAAGUAUGAGCAGAGAUACCAGUGAUUAAAAUAGAGGGAAGGAUGAAGGGAAUGUGGACAGGCUGAAUAUAUAGGGAUGGUAAGGGUGGUGGAAAACUAUUGGUAUAAUUGUUCUAGAUUUGCUUGAAAGAUUAUUAUUAAAAUGUUGGGAGAUAUUCAGUUUUGAACGUAGGAGCAAAUACGGCUGUGUUCAUCUGUUUUACAAGGUUGCAUUGAAGGUUACCUCUCAAACAGAGAACUAUUCCCACUACACAUCUAUAUGUUGCCUUGAGAAAGAACACACAGAUACACGGAUGGGUCUGUACAUGGAAAUUAAUCACAUAGGAGUUGUCCAUUUUUACAUGGUAUCUGUAGUCUCUACCCCUCCUUAAAUAUAAGAGGUUUCAUCAGUU